AUGGCUACGUCUUUAUUCGCAAAGCGAAUAUCUCCUGCCGUCUUCGGGCGGCGCAUAGUUUUCCACCACCAACGCUAUUUCGGCGCAUCGGCCAUCUUCAUGGCCCGAAUCUCGGACGCCAUCAAGCAGGACCACCAAGCGCUGCAAGAGGCCCAUGACAACAUUAUCGCGGCCAAGGACCCAGAAGAGAGGAUUCGCUGGCGCAACCUAUUUGCGUGGGAGCUGGCGCGUCACACCAUCGCGGAGGAGCUAUUAGUUUACCCUGCAUUUGAGAAGCACCUCUCCGACGGAAAGGACUUAGCUGCAAAGGACCGCGAAGAACACCUCCUAAUGAGAAAGGAGCUUCAGGAGUUACAAGCCAUGACAGCCGAUCACCCAGAGUUCAUUGCCACCCUCAGCAACCUGUGGGGAAAUUUCAGACAACACAUCCAAGAAGAGGAGCAUGAAGACAUCGCCGCUCUCGAGAAAGCCAUCUCAGCCGACGAGUCGGACGCAUUGGUCAGGAGCUUCCAGCGCACCAAGAUGCUGACGCCAACGAGGAGUCAUUCAAGUUUACCCAGCAAGCCACCGUUCGAGAACAUUGAGGCGUUGUUGGCGGCGCCUUUGGAUAGGAUCAGGGAGCUGUUUGCGCAAUAUCCAGAAGAGAAAUCGGCAAUGUGA